AUGGCAAUCGUCAAUGACAGCCGCCCUGAAGAGUUUAUUCUACUGGGCUUUGCCAACCAUCCCUGGCUGGAGCUCCCUCUCUUCAUUGUUCUGCUGGUAACAUACCCCCUGGCCUUGGUGGGGAACAUCGCCAUCAUUCUGGUAUCCAAAUUAGACCCCCGUCUGCACAGCCCCAUGUAUUUCUUCCUCACCAACCUCUCAUUCCUGGACAUGUGCUAUACCACAAGCAUUGUGCCUCAGAUGCUGUUUAACCUGGGAGGCUCCACAAAGACCAUCAGCUACGUGGGGUGUGCACUUCAACUUUAUUUAUUUAGCACCAUGGGGGCCACAGAGUGUCUUCUCUUGGCUAUCAUGUCCUUUGACCGCUAUGUGGCUAUCUGCAGACCUCUGCACUACAUCCUCAUCAUGAACCAGAGAGUCUGCCUCCUGUUAGUAUCUAUCAUGUGGCUGUGUGGAAUUUCCUAUGCUGUUUCAGAAGCCACUCUUACUUUACAGUUGCCACUAUGUGGCACCAAUACACUGGAUCACAUACUGUGUGAGAUUCCAGUUCUGAUAAAGACGGCAUGUGGUGAAAAAAAGGUCAAUGAGCUGGCCCUUUCGGUGGCGUGCACUUUUAUACUAGCUGUUCCUUUAUGUAUAAUUCUUGCUUCGUAUAUUAGCAUUGGGCGUGCCGUGCUUCAGAUCAAAACUUCAGAGGGAAGGAAGAAGGCCUUUGGGACUUGUUCCUCUCAUCUCAUUGUAGUUUCUUUAUUCUAUGGUCCAGGAAUUAGCAUGUACCUUCAGCCCCCCUCCUCCAUCUCAAGAGACCAGCCCAAGUUCAUGGCUCUCUUCUAUGGGGUGGUGACUCCUACACUCAACCCCUUUAUUUAUACCCUUAGGAAUAAGGAUGUCAAGGGGGCGUUAGGGAACCUCUUUCGGAGCUUUCUGUCAAAGUCUUUAGCGUCUAUUUUUAACCGAUGUCUGUGGCUCCAGCUGGAGAAGGCCUGGGGAUGGGGGCUGGCAGCAAAGCUUUCUGCCUACAGGGCCCUUAAAAUUCUCCUUCUUGGAGGUCACCAGCUUGCCAGCCUUCACCCUCAAUAA